AUGAAAUAAUCUAAAUUUAAAAUAAAUCUGAAAACACCCUUUUUCCCGCGCAAAAUGCAAAGCUUAAACCCCUCACUCCGAAAAAAACGGGUGUCAACAAACACUGAGAGACUUUCUCGGAACGCAACCAAGGCCAUGGCCACCAUAGAAUCGCCGCCGCCGUUAAACGACGUCGAUAUCGUGCGUUUAGCGCAACAAAAGCUACCAACCGGCAACCACCUACAAACCAACGCUUCUCCGCCUCCAUUUCUCCUCUCUUCUCACUCUCACGCGGCACUCCUCUCUUACCUCCACUUACGCGCCACCAACUCUCCUUCUCCCUCCACCGCUGUUUCCGAAUACGUCAUCUCUCUCCUCUCCCUCAUUUCCCUCUCUCUCGAAACCCCUUCUGUCUCUUCUCUUCUCUCCUCUCUUCUCUCAUCCUACGCCCAAAUCUACCCUUCACUUACCCACGACUCGUAUUCCCUCAAAACAAUCAAUUUCUUCAACACCCUUUUAACCCACAUCCCUUUUGACGACCUCAAGUCGGUUAUUGAUUUGGUAGUAUCAAAUUUGUCCUGUGUUGUUACAAUGGAUGAUGCACAACUGUUUGAUCUUUUGCCCCAAUGUUUCGAGCUGAUUCGAAACGCGGAGAAAAAAGGUGGGGAUUAUGUGAAUUCUGUUGUGGACAAGAUUCUUGAUUCCAAAUGGUCAAAAGGGUUUUUGCUUAAAAUGGUUUCGAUUGCAAAAGAUUUUAGCUUUCUCGAUAAGAUGAGAGGCAAGGAAUUUUUAGAGAAAGUUUUCGUUGGGAUUAAAAAUGUGGAUUUGAUGGACUUGCCUUCACUUGUUUAUCAGUUGUUAGUUUUGGCUUCGAAAGGGUUCAAUAAAAGAGAGGUUCUUGAAGGGAUUGUGUGGUUUUUCGGGUCUGAAUUGGGUUCCAAAAUGACUUCCACAGUUAGGCAAGUUGAGGGGACUGUGUUGUUGCAUGUGAAUUUUGCAGUGAAGCAGGAUCCUUCUUUGGGGAAAGAGGUUAUGGGGUUAGUCAAAUCUGAUCUUACGGCGUUUAAUCAUUUCACGGUGGCUGUUUUAUUGUCGGUGUCAAGGGUUCGGAGGUUCAGUGAAAGCUCAAUCACUAUUUUGAAAACAGCACUGCUUACAGCUUACCGCGACUAUAAAUUUACCAAAGACUGUAAGUGGAUGCCAGAUGAUAUGAAGGAAGAAUAUCUGAAGAGUGUUAAAGUGGUCGAGAAUUCUGUGUUCAGAGCUGUAAAUGAGAGCAACUAUGGGAAGGAGCAUAUGGUGCCUAGCAUUGUGCAAUUUGGUUUUAUCUUGCUAGAGUCAGUUGGUGAGGUAAACUGCAAAGAGCUCUGCAGUUCUAAUGGUCUUCUGGGCAUUGAAGAGCUUGGUAUUCAGAUGCUGAAAACUCUAUUUGAGGUUCAUGAUAUGGCAAGAAACGAGAUUAUUGACCAAAUCAAGUUUCGCAUUCUCUCUUUGAAGCCAGAGCUGAGUCAGCCGAUAAUAAGGCUGCUCUGUCAUCUAAUUAAGCGUUAUCCUUACCCUAUGUUGGAACAUAUUCCCCGUCUGAAGGAAUUGUUGGAUUAUUUCACUUUCAUGGAUGGAAAAGUAGCCUCUUAUCUUAUUAGUGCUCUAUUGCCUCUCAUCAGAUUCAGUCGUGAUCUUCAGGAUUACACUAUCUUGGUUGUGCGCAAGGCUAUGUUUAGAAGAGAAGAUACAAUUCGUCUUGCAGCAACAAAUUCCGUUAUUGGUCUUAUACUAGCAGAGAAGCUGCCUAAGGAGGAUGGCUUGUUUUCUUUACAAGACUCAUCAAGUCAAGCCAGCUGCAGUCAGCAAGCUGACAUACCCUGUAGCAUGGGGGGAAGUCUUUUUCAGGAGUUGAGUGCUUUGCUGCAGAGAUGUCUUUAUCAGCAGGCAAAGGUAAAGGAAGUCAUGUAUCAAGGACUGGUGAAGCUUAUUCUAGUGGAUCCAUCAAUUGGAGGGCUUGUCUUUGAUUUUCUCUUACCUCAUUUUCUCCAGUUUUUCAAAGAGCAAGGUCCAGAUGUCCAACUUGGAGUCAGCUCUUGCAUUAAGUCGGAAAGUGGAAAAGUAGUUAUUCAGGAGCCCCUGGAUUGCCUUCUUUCUUGUGUCUCUUGGAUUUUACUUCUUCAGCCACACGGCAAAACUGACCAACUCUCAGAUUCUGUUGGGGCCUGUUUUGGUUUCUCCCUUUCACAAGAGAAUGAGGAUGGUAGGAACUUGUCUAGUGAGGUGUUUUCUGGUGCUUUAUUGAAGAUUCGGAAGUUUCUAAGAAAUGCAAAUUUGGAAGAAAUUCUUGGUCAAACUCAAGAUGCAAGCUCUGCAGCUGUUUAUGAAGAGAAAAGGAAAAGUUGUGCAUUGAUUUUGUCAGGAGUUGUUGAGGUGGUAUUGAACAUCAUUGCUAUGGAUUUGGAGAAAGCAUUGGAUCAAAAGAAGGUCGAACUUGAAAAGGAGCUUAUACAGUUUGUUGACCUUCAUGAUUCAUUGGCAAAGGACGCAUGUACUUCAAGACAAAGCAAUGUCACCAAAAGACUGAAUUUACGGGUUACUGCUUAUGAUACACCAGAUAAAAUUGACUCGGGCAACAUCAAAUUGAUUCGAGAGCAUAUUCCUUUCUUGGCAACUUCAAGCAUCUAUCAAUUAUUGCAAAUAGCUUUGAAGCUUUACAGUAGUGAUAGCUCUGACAUUGAAGCAACUUCACAGAAUCAUACCCAGUCAUCCUUGAGCAAGGCAUCAAAAAGUUGUUUUAAGAUUGUUUCUUUUGCUUUGAAUGUUACCCUUCAUCAUAUAAAAUCUUCAGCCGUUCUGGGAAAUGAAGAUCCCUUGAAGAAGUUGAUCUAUGGGGAAAUCAAUAUGCUGGGGCCCCAAUUGCUGAGAUUAACUCUUUUGCUCAAAUCAGGGUCAAGUGUUGCAACUAGUCAGAAGAAAAAAGAAAGCAAGGCAAAAAAAGAUGCUGAGGAAAGAAAGGAUCAUCUCCAUCUAGCAUUAGUUUGCUUGGAGGAAAUCAUAACAAUCAGUUUGAGCAGUUCUCGUUUGACUGGCUUGCUUGAAAAUCUGUUGUCAGUUCCCCAACUUGAGUAUGAUGGUAUGCAAGAUGAAUGUGAUCUAGCCUCUAAAAUUGAUGAUCAAGAUAUAAGAAACAAACAGUUAUUCAUUCUGAAAAUUUUGAGGCCGCUGUUCACUGAGCUAAUUAAACUAUCAGCUUUUCGGACUGUUGAGAUUCUUUGUGAUAUCAUGUUGAUGAUAGGGCACAAAUUGCCCUGCAAGUGGAGGAACUCUCAUGGAGCUUGGGCUAUUCAAAUUUGCAAAACCAGCGACAUAACAAACUCCAGCAUAGUGAAAAGCAUGGUUAGACUUGCCAUCAGUUUGAGCUCACCACCAACAGAUUUACUUGUAGCUCAAGACAUGUUAAAGGAGCUAUUAAAAUUUAUGGGAUCAAACAGUGUCGAAUCAUUGCAAGCGUCUCAAUACCUUAUCAUAAACCAGUCAACAACCACCGCUAUAGCUUCUUGUCUACUACAAAUAACUGACACUGUCAUUGCGGACAUGGAUUGGGCAACUAAAAGAUUAAAGACAGCUUCACAAAUUGCUCAAAAAAGUUCUCAUCUUAACCAGAAUGGAGACCAUAAUUCCGGGUUGGCAUUCGGGGAAAAUCUUUACUCGAGGGUCAAAGCAGUUGUUGAAGUACUAUCUUCAUUCGCUUUAAUGAGCCUCAAGGAUACUCAAGCAGAGCAUUUUCUUAGAUUGACUGCAAGGUUUUACAAGCAUUUAGCUCAGAUAUCAAAGCUCAGGAUUGCUCCUAAAGGUCACAAGCAGCUUUUACCAACCCUUCAAUUCCAGAAGCUGGUAGAACUAACUUGCAAGCAGCUAACCAUUCCACUCUAUAACUUUGUGGCAGAGAUGCAACAAGCUCAACAAGAAAAUGCUAACAGCAAGGGGAUGAUUAACAAGAUCAAAAGGGAGAAUAAAUGCAUCCCAGACCUGAUAUUCCAGAUAGAAGAUUACGAAAAAUAUCUCAUUCGACUGAGCAAAGCAACCAAGGUUAACUUAUUGAAGUAUGCCAAGCGUAGCACUUCACGAGACUUCAAAAUCUUGGACCCAACAACUGUUACCAGAGACGAAGAUCCUCCCAACAACAAUGAUGCUAACCCUAACAACCCUCGUGCAGAUGGAAAUGCAUCAUGCAGUGAUUCUGAAGAACAUGAAGAAAAUGGAUCUGACAAAGUGUUCUCACCUCAAUCUGAAGAGGAGUCUGAAUGUGGAAAUGAAGAUAGAGCUUCUGUUCCAACUGUCAAGAGGGUGAAAAGGAGUAUGAUAGUGCAUGAUUCUGAUGAUGAAGAACAGGAAUAGAUCAUAGAUGUAGUUAGCUGGCUUGUUCUAUCCUGGAAAGUGAUGAAUAUUUUGUAAUUAAUCCAUAAAAAAGGUGAGACAGUAGUUUCAUUUGUGAAAGGUGCUGGAGGUGAAGCAUGUACAGAAAAUGAGAGAAAGAUCAGUAAAAACUAAAAACUGGCCUUCAGAUUAGCCCAAUGUAUUUGGUUUUCAACUUUGACAUGGACUUUCAUUAUGUUGGUUGUUGCCCAUUUUUAUAUUUGCGCUACGUUUUUGGUAGUAAAUGGACAACAAAUCAUUGAUCGAGUUUACAUAAAAACCUAA